ACGAAACCCAAAUUCAUCCCAAGUCAAGCAAAGCUGGACAUGUUUUCUUCUGUGAUUAUCUUCCAGUAACCAUUUCAGAGUACUCAAUAGGGCAGUUAUCCCAAACUCAGACCUCAUUCGAACGUACCAAUUUACUACAUGGAUCAUACCUCGGAUCAGGCCGAAAGUCUAGAAAAAGCACAUCUACGAUGGAUGCAAGAGGCCAUGUUGAUGGCAGAAGAGGCUCUCGCAGCCAGUGAAGUCCCAGUCGGAUGUGUAUUUGUGAGAGACAACAGAAUCAUCGCCAAAUCUCGAAAUCGGACCAACGAACUAAGAAAUGCCACAAGACACGCUGAAUUAGAAGCUAUCGACAGAAUAUUAUCUGAUAAAGACCUCACGCCGAUUAUCGUUGAUUAUCCUCUAUCGGACACGAUACUGUAUGUCACCGUAGAGCCAUGUAUGAUGUGUGCCUCAGCACUCCGACAAAUGGGCAUCCAGGAGGUUUUCUUUGGGUGUGAGAAUGACAAAUUCGGCGGUUGUGGGACUGUUCUCGGCGUCAAUGAUAAACUUGAACAUCCAAAACACCCGUCCUACAAAGCCACGGGAGGAUACUGUCGCGAUGAAGCAAUCAUGAUUCUUCGCCGCUUUUAUGUCACAGAGAACACAAAUGGUACGUCUUAA